CGCUAUCCCUCUCAUUACUAAACGCACCCCCGGUUGCAGGUCGGUUGCGUCACUUUGCAGCUCGCGCUUAUGAUGCAACAGCUGUUCGCGGUGUGUUCAGGUUGACCACGCCCCCUCCCAUAUCCACUUCCUGUUUUCCGCACUCUGAGUCUGUGCUGAGUUUAAUUCACUUGGCUCACUCCUCAGCUUCUGGAAACAUCGACACGCACAGACCUUUCAAAUUUAUCCUGUAAUUGUAGCACAUGAGCUCGUCUGAUGAAGGAGGAGGGUGCUUUAGAGGUCCUUCAGCCGUUGUCCUCUGGGCCCAGUGCCUUCAUUCCAGCUGAAGUGAUUCUGAAUAAGGCCGCAGGGCAGGAGGUGCUGGCAGACACUCUGUUGUCAGUCACUCAUGCUGAUAACGUCACUGCAGUAAUGGGGAUGCAUCCCACCUACCUGAACUGCUUCUUGCGCACCCAGAAUGCUUUGCUGCAGCCGGAUGGGCCCUUGCCACUAUCAUGGAGACACUAUAUUAUCAUAAUGGCGUCUGCUCGUCAUCAGUGUUCCUACCUGGUGCAGUUACACAGCUCUGCGUUUCUGCUGGCUGGUGGCGACGAGUCCUGGCUCAGAGGUAUUCAUUGUGCUCCUCAAAAGCUCCAGUGUCUGCAGACACUCAACAAACUUCUAGCACAUCGGCCGUGGCUUAUCACCCAGGCACACAUACAGGAACUUGUGUGUCCAGGAGCAGAACCUCGCUGGUCAUUAGCAGAGCUCAUCCAAGCCGUGGUCCUCAUAAGCCACGCCCACUCUCUGGCCUCCUUUAUCUGGGGCUGUGGCAUUCACCCAGAGCCAGACUCAGCAGCUGAACAGACGUCUCCUCCACCAUCCUCUGCAGAAAACAAUUCAACCCUGCCUUCUCAGGAUGGCCGUGCCCAUCGACACAAGUGGACUGAGGCUGUAAAUGAAGUGCAGCUGUUGAUGGAGAAGAUGAUGAUGGUUCAGCAGCAAGAAGAGGAGUUCACCCAGGAGGAAAUGGUUACCCGCUUUGAGAGAGAGAGAACUGAAAGUUUACUGGAACCAGCUGAAGUGGGCCGUUCUGUUCUUCCAGAUUCUGUUUCACGGUUUGUCCGGGAUGCAGAUUUCAUUUAUCAGGACUUUAGUCCAAGAGGAGAGCAGGCGCCACCCACCAUGAGAGCACAGGACUACUCGUGGGAGGACCACGGCUUCUCUCUGAUGAACAGGCUGUAUGGAGAGAUGGCUCAGUUGCUGGAAGAGAAGUUCCAGGUGGUUUGCGCCCUGACAUAUCACACCAUGGCCAUGCACACAGACGUGGACACCUCCCCCCUCCGGAAAGCUGUCUGGAACUACAUACACUGCAUAUAUGGCAUCAGGUACGAUGAUUACGACUACGGCGAAGUCAACCAGCUGUUAGAACGUAACAUGAAGGUGUAUAUCAAGACUGUCGCAUGUCAUCCGGAAAAGACGACCUUUAGAAUGUACUCCAAUUUCUGGAGACAGUUCCGCCAAUCAGAAAAGGUUCACGUGAACUUGCUGCUGAUGGAGGCGAGACUGCAGGCAGCUUUACUUUAUGCACUCCGAGCCAUCACCCGCUACAUGACCUAGCACACAAGCAUUAGCUUAAAAAUCCCUAUCAGCAAUAACGAAAUAUACAAAAAAAAAAAACCUAGUGCAAUAUUCAGUUUAAUCUCGCACAUUCUAUAAUAGAACCUUGUGAUAGAAAAUAUUACGCACUACUGCAAGCUCUUUUUCUUGCACAUACACACACACUGCAAACGUUUCUUUUCGUCUUGUAAUUACAUGGACAUUCUGCUGCUGCUUGAUCAUACACGGGGUUGGGAAGCAAUUCUGAUGUUUUUUUUUGUUUGUUUUUUUUCACUGACCUCUCUUAUCAAACUGUGAAUGUGUGUAACUUUUCUAGUGCAGUAUUCUCUCCACUAUGUCCCUGAGGCACAUAGCAAAAACAGUCUCCAUACUGACUGGACUCCAGCUAGCCUGAUUACGGAAAGAAACAAAGCACUUUUUUUCUUGGUGAAAACAUCUGAAACUUAUUGUAUGUUUAUGUUCAAUAAAAUAUUUUUUUACUGUU